AUGAUCCCAGAUAUCAGUACAGCUUAUAGAAACUUCAUUUCACCUAGUGUCAGCAGUGUAUUUAGAGCAAUGCUCGAGAUUCCCCAAUCGACAAGUGAGGUCGAUAGCGCUACAAUCCCAUCUUAUGCUGAAGCCACCUCGAUGGAUCAAAAGCCGAUUGACAUGAAAUGCUCACCCGGCGCUCUCGAAGGUUUCCUAUCCAUUCUUGUUACUCCCAUUCCAAUGCUACCUUCUUCCUCUUUGGAAGACACAUACGAAGUCCUGAGGCUUUGUCAUCGAUACGGCUGCAAGAAACAAUAUACCGAUAAAGUUCGUCAGCGAAUCUCGGAGGCUGCAGAUGGAUCCCUACAACUUUGGGAUGUCUUGGAAGUCGCAUCAAGUCUUGAUGAUCGCUCUUUAGGAAAGAUGGUGCUUUCUCAAUUCAGUCGCGCCGAUUUUAUGACAUCGUACGUUGACGGUAUAUCCAGAGUCAACAGUGCGUGGAAAGGAAAGAUUCUCGUAUCGUGUGUUUCGCCUCCUGAGGAACUCAAAAUCCAGGUUUACAAUUACAAUGGUUUACCCUUCGGAAUACGAAAGUCAUGGGGUUGGUUACUGAAAACUGGCGAAUGGAAAGGGCUUUUUGACGAUUUCGACACAGAUAACUGGUGA